AUGGCGGAAAAUCAUUCGAGUUGUCCUUCGGCUUCGAAACAGGUAUGAAAUUAGCAUAUGUUAAUACAAUUAUUUAAUGGUUUUUCUUUUGUAAUUGUAUUAAAAUAUUCUUUUAAUAACAACGAAUCAUAUUUUAUUCAUUGAAAGGUCAUUGAUGUUGAAGCAAAUGCCACAGAAAGGUAUAGUAUUAAAAAAUAUGUCUUUAAAAUUUCAGUGUUUUCAAUGAUGUUUUAUAUACGCCACCGUACUUUUUUAUUUAUAGGUUUACUAUACUUAUAUAUCUCAGAUAAUUUAUCGUUUUAUAUUUACGUAGAAGUUAUGCAGAGGUGGUAAAAACGGAGAAAAAAACGCUCAUUUACAUAGUGGAUUCUGAUGAGGAUGACGAUGGAGUACAACAGUCAAGAGACACGGUUAAUUUGCGUAUGGAAAGCAAAGAGCAUGUAAUUGAGAACUUUGGGAAGGUAAAUUUAUGCUUAUAACUAAAUUUGUAAUGUAUCUUAAAGUAUUUUUAAAGUCCUUUCAUAUUUAUCGUUAUGCACCUAUCAAUGUUAACCCCCAGAGGGGGUCGGGCAUAUGUGGGGUAUUUAAUCAUCAAUUGCAUCCCCACCAUGGGGAUUUUGAUCAGCAUUUUGGCCCCGAAUUGGGGCAAUUUGAAGCGAAUGACAUUUAUUUGCAAAAUGGUGGGGCAUUUGAGUUUGACCAAUAUUUAUUGCCUGACGGUGGGGCAUUUGAUUGAAAAUUUGCUCAAAAAAUCAAAUACCCCACCCAUGCCCGACCCCUCCCCCCUCUAGGGCUUAACAUUGAUAGGUGCAUUAGUUUUUGGCAAACGCCAAAGGCGUGAGACUGACUAGGGGUGUCCAGGGGCAUUCCCCCGGAAAAUGUUUUGAAAUAUAGAGCCACUGAAAUUCGAUUUAAAGCAUUUUUGGGAUGUAAUCUUGCAUAAUUCCCAAUCUUAUAAAGUGCAUCGAAGGCAUUUAUUUUCCCUGACAUUUCACCUUGCAAUUAAAUAAAUUGAAAAAGUCACCUUCAAAAACAGGAGGAGUGAUCGAAGUGACCAUGUUUCCCCUUUUUGAUGCUGGGGGGGGGGGGAGAAGAAAAUCCCAAUGUGAUUUUGAUCAGAAAAGUUGCAUUUAAAUAAAUUUUAGGUUAUGAUUUAUUGAUAUAAAUUCUAGGUUAUGAUAAAUUCUAGGGUAUGGCAUGUAACAUGUACCCUCUAGCCUCCCCCCCUGGCUACGCCACUGCCGAUACAUUUAGUGUUAUUUGUUUUACAAGGCCAAUUCUAAAAUCAAAAGGAAACUAGAUGAAUUUGAAUGGUGGGAUGAAGAGUUGUACAACCCUGGCGCCCCAGUAUUGCCUCUUGGUCUGUCUGGAAGUCCAAGAACUAAAGUAUGUACUGUACAUAUAAAAAUGUAAAAAAUUCCACAACUUUUUAAUUAUUUGUUUGCCUUGUUUGUUUAAAAAGGUGUUUCUCACAUCCUGCUACAUUUUAUGGUUUUAUAUAUAGUUUUAGAUUUCAAUUGUAGAAUAUGUAAUUAUACAUACACCAGCAUCAUGUAAUAUUGCCGAUUGAGGAAAUAUUGUGUGAGCUUAGAAUUAAAACUCUUUUUUGUAGUGUAGUGAAGAUAGCAAAAAUUUCAAGGGCGAAAGCAGUAAAAGCAAGGAUUACAAAUAAGGCACGCGAAUUUACCGAUGUAGAAACGUUGUCAAAGUUAAAAAGUGCUAUGAAGAAACAAAUGAAUCCGCAUGGAUACAGUUUCGACGCUGUUACUAAACUACGAGAAAAGACCAGAGAAAAGGAUCGUUUAAUAUAUUCGUUUAAUAAUAGAGAAAUGAAUCCAUCCAAUCCUACGUAUGUUUUUAAAACAAGCACAGUUUCACUAAAUAUUGCUUUGAACAUGCAGCAGUCUGCAGAUCAUUUUAUGCGAGAAGAGUACUGCUACUUUGACGGUACUCAUUCUCGUUGUCAUGGACUUAAGACACUGGCAUUGUGGACUUAUCAUCCUUUGCGGCGUAAACUUGUAAAACUUGUCACAAUGGAUUGCGAAAGAGAAAACCAAGAAUGCAUUUCGCUUUUUUGGAAGCUGUGGAAUGAUGCCUUUUCGGAGAUUUCCAAGAAUCCUGCCUACACAUUUGACCCAAAAGGAUGGUGCAUGGAUGAAGCAGGGGCUAACUGGUCCGCAAUAGAGGAGGUAUUCGGAUCAGAGGCAUUGUCUAAAUGUAAAUCUUGCGAAUUUCAUUUUAAAGAUUGCAGAAACCGACACAGACGAGUGCUGUCGACACAAGAAGAAAAAGAUAAGUUUACUGAGCUAACGGAUCGAAUGCUUUAUGCCACCACCACUUCAACAUAUCAAAAAAAUUUAAUGGAACUUCUUAACUUUAUUGAUGAAGUUAGAAGACCUAACCUUAAGUCAUGGGUUAACUGGUGGCAUAGAUAAAGAAGUCCGCUCAGCACACACAAGAACAAGGCGUCCUCAAGAAUUUACCAGAUCUUUGGAACUCGCUAAGCGUUAUAGACUCUGCGUAACAUCUGUCGAUUACCGAACAGAGGUUAACUGCAGAUUUGUUUGCAAAUGCCAUGACGAUGACAUAAUUGUUACGAUCGCACAGAAGCCAAUAUGCUUAAAAAAUGGAGACAUUUGUAAAUACACCAGAAACGGGACACAAGUUUGCAGCCAUAUCUUAUACGUAUUGCUCAACAAGGUUGGACUAGAAGAAGAUGAUGGAAGACUCAACCAGAUUGCGUAUACAACUAGUGAAUUAAAGUCCAUGCUGGCUAAAUUUGCAACCAAAUCGCCGUCCCAUGUAUUAGUUGGUCAGGCAUCAAGUGCCCCAGUACCGACUAAAAAGAGUAGCGAGUGGAAACUGCAAAGAAUGCCACUCCAGGGUGGACCUAAGCCAAAAUGUAAAGGCUGCAGCAAGCGCGUUUUUAAGACUGGUGAACUUUGUGUUGCUGUCAUUGGGAAGUAUACUCCUAAGCAUAAGGAUAAGGACGCCAACCACUUUCAAGUUGACGCAACAUAUCGUUAUUGUCAUAAGUUGUGUUGUAUAGCAAAAUCAAGUUUGCCUGCUCCCAAAAGAAUCCUGCUUGACACUGACUUACAAUUAACGCCGGAAGAACUGGACUCGUUGCAAAAUUUACCUAUUGUUUCUACGUGA